AUGGAAAAGACAUCAAACAACUCAGCCAGUGAUGUGGAAGCAAGUGGAGAGGAGCCUCUCAAUAGCGGUCAAUAUGUGAAUCCAAGAGAAGGUAUAAAAAACUCGCAAUGGAUUCUCACCUGUAUUGCACUAUACUUGGGAGCUCUUCUAUAUGGCCUGGAUACCACAAUCGCUGCCGAUGUUCAAGCGGAAGUAUACGAGGCGUUGGGACAUAUCGAGAAACUGCCGUGGAUUGGGCUUGGAUUUCCAAUGGCAUCAGUUGCAACAAUCCUCCCUUUCGGUCGGGCAUACGCGCUGUUCAACAUAAAGGUAUUGCUCCUAUCAAGCAUUAUCGUAUUCGAAGCUGGUAGCGCACUUUGUGGUGCUGCGCCAACUUCUGACGCCUUAAUUAUUGGCCGAGCCAUUGCGGGCAUUGGUGGAGCUGGAAUGUAUUUGGGCUGGGGUGUGGGCUGUAUACUUGGGCCGGUUAUCGGGGGUGCUUUCUCGGUCAGCAGUGCAACCUGGCGUUGGGCUUUUUAUAUCAAUCUUCCGGCUGCUGGCAUUCUGUUGCCAGUUUAUCUCUUCAUAGUCCCAUCCAAGAACCCUCGGCCGGAUCUCACUAUAAAACACAAAUUCACCGAUAUCGACUGGAUUGGUGCGAUUCUUUAUGGUACAAUUUUCGUCUUGUUUAUGAUUGUUGUCACCUUCAGCGGUUCAACCUUUGCUUGGAAUUCUACCACACCCAUUGUGCUUUGGGUGGUUUUUGGAGUAUGCUUGAUAGCCUUUGCCUUACAACAAGGCCUCAAGAUCUUUACAACCGACGAACAUAGGAUCUUUCCCGUUCAUUUUCUUAAAUCACGCAGCCUCGUCUUGCUCUAUAUUGCUACAGGCAGUGCCGGCGCCGCCCAAGGUGUUGUGCUCUACUACACACCACUAUUCUUCCAGUUCACAAAGGGCGAUAGCCCUUUGCAAGCCGCUGUCCGCCUCUUACCUUUCAUCUGCGUGUUCAUUGUCUUCGUCAUGGCUGCUGGUGCCACGCUGCCUAUAGUGGGACGAUACAAUCUUUACUAUUUUGCUGGCGGUUGUUUCAUCUUAAUCGGAGGCGCUUUGCUCUGUACAAUUGAUGAAACCACAUCCACUAGCAAGAUCUAUGGCUAUGAAGCCCUCUCGGCAAUCGGAAUUGGCUUACUUUUCCAAAUAGGAUAUGCUGUUGCUGUUGCAAAAGCGUCUCCGACGGAUGAGCCGAAGGCGAUUGGCUUUAUCAACGUUGCGCAGAUUGGUACCAUUGCUAUUAGCCUUGCAAUUGCAGGGUCCCUAUUUCAAAAUGUUGGGUUUGACUCACUCAAGAGCGCUUUCGCCGGUCGCCAUCUCCCAGAUGAUUAUAUCCGAUCGGCUUUGGCGGGUACCCUGUCCCCUGUCUUCUCUUCCGGCGAUGCAGAGAUUAUUCAUGUUGCUGUUGUAUCUGUAGCAGGAACAAUUCGAAAAAUCUUUAGCACUGUUGCCGCGGCCGGCGCGCUAGUUGUGGUGAGCUCGCUUCUGAUGCGAUUUGAGAAAAUAGACCUGGGCAUUGUCGCUGGUGGUUAA